GUCGCAGUACAGCAGCCCACCCAAGCGCCAGUGGCACUCCAUGCAGCUAUGCAGCCAGCCGCUUCGCCGGCGCUGGAGUUGGCGGCGAGCUGGCAAGCAUGGCCUGGAUCUGGUGGCGAGCCAUUUCCAAACCACGACUGCGUCCAGCUGCCGCUACCGGUGCUGGAUUGGGACUCGCUGCGCGACGGCCUGACCACCUCCUGCGGCCACACGCGGCACACGCGGACGUUGCACUGCGCUGCGUGGAUUGAAAACUGGCAGGACGUGGUCAUGACCGUGCUCGAGAAGCGCUUCGGCGGACUCGCGUCACGCGGGGGCUUCCGAGCCAGCUUCGAGGCGUUGGACCGAGCACUGGGAGCUGCCUGGGCCGAGUGUCCACUGGGCACUCUGACCUUGCAGGUGGCACGGAUUUUGAUGUGCCUUACUGAAGGAGAUCUCGAAUGCUUCGUCUCGCACUCCUCAUGGAUUUCCAAUGAGCUGUUCCAGAUCCCCUUGACGGUGAUCAUGGGCACGGAAUGGCCCAUCUUUGCCUUGCUCCACUCCUACGACUGGAGCUAUCCGGGCAUCCCUCGGAACAACGACUACGAUUGCGCGUACACCAAUCGCAGUACCCUGGAUUGGCCAAGGCUUUUGCAAGCCCUGCAGGACGAUUCUAGCCGUCCAGAUGCCUCCUGGUGGUUGGAUUUGCUAAGAUACACCUUCGACAAUAAGCUUGCCAUGUCCAUGUAUGUCAGUAGCUCUGAAUGUCUCUAUGGCGUCUACGUGCUCAACAUGGUCAAGGCCAUGUGGUCGGCGGAUACGGAAUCCUCGGCCUUUCGCAUCUACUCGCCGUACGUGCAGUGGAUCCAUUACGAGAGUUUGCAUCUCUUGGGCGCCAGCCACUGGAGGAUCUUCGAGUUGUUCCACCACUUCACCUCCUUAAGGAGGCACAAUUUCCGCUUGGACUUCACGGCACAGGAGCUGGGCGGUCUGCCCUGGCGCGCGGAGGGGCCUUGGCUCCAACAGCUUCCCAGGGAGGACCAUCUGAAGCUCCUCGAGGGACAGGUGCUCAGGCACCACAGUGAGUCCUUUGGCGACUUGCACAGGGUCCUGCAGACAGCGCUCAGGGCACUGCGAGACGAUGAGCCCAGAUUAGUGUAUGUGACCAUGGUCUAUGGUUCCAUGAACCGCUUCAUCGCCGGCUGGGCUUCGCGCGCCAAGCUCCUGCAGCUCCGAAACCUCGUCCUGGCCACGUUGGAUAGCACGGCCUAUGAGCUCUGCCUGCAACACCAUGGGCUUUGUGUGCGUGGCCAGGUCAGCGUAUUGAACAAGUACACUCUCUUGUUGGUGGCUUUGCAACUGGGCUUCGACGUGAUGUGGCUGGAUUUCGACAUCUUCCUGGUGCGGCAUCCGACGAAGGCCCUUCAACAAGCGAGUCAGGGCUAUGACCUGCUUAUGGGCUACGAUCUGGAGUCCGAUUGCUUGUGCAAUGGCUUCUUCUUCAUCCGUCACUGGGCUGUCGUUUGUUUGGGCACACGAUUGGAUCGCACACUGCCGCAUUCAAUCGCUGGGCAAACGUCCGGUGAAGAGACCCUGAAGGUUUGACACACCGGAUGAUCCAUGGUCUCCCGUCGUCUACGAUUGGACAUGGAAGACCCGGUUUGCGCCGACCUGCAUGGCUGACCUGCCAUGACUCAAUUGCGCCAGGAUGAUGUGUUACACCACCAUCCUUGUGGUGCGAGAUUCACUGACCUGUUCUUGGGAGCUAGGGAAGGUACGGGGAAGGGGUUGC